AUGCGAGAAUGUGCAUUCAUUCGACAUGUUAGGGAGUCUACUAAACUUUUGGAUGAUGGAAGAAUUGAAGUAAGAAUGCCUUGGAAACCAGAACAUACCAAUUUACCUAACAACCGAUCUGUCGCGUUCGAACGAAUGGUGUCGAAAGAAAAGUAGCUGGUAAAGAAAGGAAAGUUGGAGGAGUUUAACAAGGAAGUAGAAGCUUUGGUCGACAGAGAAGUGGUCAUUAAGCUGAAACAAGAGGAAGUAGACCCAGAGAAGCCGGCUUGGUAUCUACCAAUUGGGGAAGGGGAAAGUUCGGACAAGACUACCAAUUGCAUAUUAGUUUUCGAUGCAGCGGCCAAAAUGUACGGUGUAUCCCUCAAUGAUGCUCUUGAAAAGGAACCAUGUCUUAUGAAUUCCUUAUUUGAUGUGUUGAUUGGCUGGAGACAGAAUGAAGUCACAUUUGCUGGAGACGUCUCAAAGAUGUUUAAUCAGAUAGCUGUCCAUCCGGAUGAUCAGGAUUACCACAGAUUCUUGUAGAGAGACGGAGAAACUGACAGAGAGCCUGAUGUAUAUCAAUGAGUACGUCUUAGUUUUGGAGAUAAGCCAGCUCCAGACCUUGCCAUCAAUGCCAUUAAUCUUCUUGCUGAUAGAGCUCAAGUCGAAUUUUCAAAAACAGCAAGAAUCCUAAAGGAUAAUACUCAUGUUGAUGACGUCGCGGGGUGGGAGACAUCACCAGAGAAAGUCAAGAAAGUGGUCGAUGGUAUCCAUACCAUUUUGGGCAAAGGCAAGUUUGCCAUCAAAACGUGGCACAGCAACAGCCCAGAGAUUGAUCAAGAUGGCAACGAGAAUCCGGUGAGUUUACUGGGUCAUCAAUGGAACAAGAAAGCUGAUAGCAUUGCUUUGAAGAGCGAGACAGUGUGUACAGAUCUCAGUUAUCGUACGAAACGAAAGGAUGUUGGUGUGGUGUCUCAACUGUGGGAUCUACUAGGACUGAUGGCGCCACUUACAAUUCGGUUUCGAAUUGAUCUUCAGAAUCUAUAUGAGUGGGAUAAG